AUGAAUCAACAAGGAAAACCUGUUCGUAUUUCAACACAAGAUCGAUUGAUGUCAACAUCAUUUCGAUAUGAAAUGAAUAAAGGCAAACCUGAUAGUAGUGCUGCUCGAAUGCAAAAAGUUGCUGAAGGUGAAGAAGUGCAUCUCAAACAAUUGAAAGAACUCAACCAUAAUAAAAAUGCAAAAUUUACAACGAAUUGGGCUGAACAAUCAGCUUGGUCAAAUGUAGCAGCACGAGAAUCAGCAGCACAUAAACAACGUGAUCAAGAAUUAAUAUUACUUCGCAAAGCUCAUCUUACUGCACGCCAAGCAGCUCUGGCAACAUUACUUCAAAAUGAGGAAGUCAUAUAUGAACAAGAAUUUCGUAAUACUGGCAUGGCACUUUACAAAGAUAUGACUCAAGUCGAUCCUCAAUAUGGAGCACUUAAAUUAUUUCGAUGA